AUGUGCGCGGACAAGCACGAGGAGCUCCUGGAGGUGUGGACGCAGGACGGACGCCCCACCGGCGAGAUCAAAACCCGAAAGGUCAUCCACGAGCAGGGCCUGUGGCACAAGAUUGUGCAUGUCUGGUGUGUGGACCCCGCCACGCGUCGGGUGCUGCUCCAACGGCGCUCCGCCGACAAGUGCACCAACCCGGACAAGUGGGACAUCUCGUGCGCGGGCCACAUCGAAGCGGGCGAAACCAGCCUCCAGGGCGCGUUGAAGGAGCUCCACGAGGAGUUGGGCAUCACGGCGCAGCCCGAGAAGCUCCAGUUUCUCUUCACCGCCCCGGCUUCGGGAGUGUACAUGAACGGCACCUACUUUGACAACGAGCUCCAGGACAUAUACCUCUACGAGACUGAUGUGUCUGUCUCCUCUCUUGUCCUGCAGCCGGAAGAGGUCACCGAUGCCAAGUGGGUGGGAUGGGAUGAAUUCGAGGCGCAGCUCGACAGCGGCGACGAAUCCCUGGUGGCUGUGGAGAAGGGCGAGUACGGGCCGCUCUUCGCCCUCCUCCGCGAGCGCUACCCUCUCGUGCCUGCUUGA